AUGGGCACGAGAAUGGGUGGGGACGUGGCGUGGAAUGGAGAACGGACAGAAAAAGGGAUGUGCGAGGGGGUAGGGGCAGGAUUCAUGACGGUAGGCGUGGGAGCGAGUCAAGUGAGAAGGAAGGGACUAUGCUUGGAGAAUAAAGACUUCGACCUUCAAGAAUGUUCACGAAGUGACUCAAUGCCGCCGCCCCCAUCCAAAUCAGCGCGAUAAAGGAGAUGAGCCCUGGAGAUUGAAUGCCCUCGCAAAUGAGCACCAUUCGCGAAGCAGUGAGCAUGGAGUGCCUGGGAAAUCACGCCAGGUGCAGAAGUAGGGGAAGGGCCCUCUUCUCUUCGAAAGGU